CUGAGCUCAGUCUUUAGCCGGACCUUGACAUGCCUGCACUGUGGAGCAAUGUGCAGCCAACUCUGAUACUGUCUGACACUGCCUGGCCAGAGAGAUUGCUGCACUGGGCCCGGAGUGAAGUCACGAGGGAAAGAAAUAACCUUAUUCCUGCACAGGGGGCACCCUCAUUCAGGCUGUGAUGUUACUGAUGCACGGCUGAACACGAGGAGGGAGGAGUGGUGGGACGGGGGCCGCUGGCUGAAGCUCUCUCACUCGCACACCACUGCCUGCCCAGUUGGCUGGAUUUAGUGCUUUGGAGGGACAGCAGUAAUGGGAUUGCCUCUGAGAGGGUAAAAUGAGCUGGCUGAACCUGCAACAACGUGAUCUGACGUGAUACGGCAGGCAGCUGAUAGUGGACGCAUUUUCUCUUCUUCUGUUAUCAGUGAAUGGAAAGAGUGGCAGUAUUUGAGUUGGUUCAUAAUGUAGUUGAUCCUUCUUAAGUCAGAGAUAUUGAUGCCUGAAUAAGUGCUACCAAACUAAUUUGAGGUGAUCUACAGAAGUAGGUGAAAUCCUGUGUCCAAAAUGUCUAAGACAACUCUCAGCAUGUCUAUGGACCAAGUUGCGAGCACAGUUCCUCCACCCCACAGAGAAGCCCUCUCUCCAGAGAGUCUAUACAGCUCGUCUCUGUCGCCUUCACCGGACUCCCACAGUAGUAUUUCAAACCCCAGUGACCGGGAAGCCAACAGCUCCCCUGAGUGCUGUCUCAGCGACACCUCCUCCUUGGAUAACCUCUACAACACCACCUUACCGAAGGAUCCUUUGCUCAGUGAUGUGAGCCUGAACCUGAACCAAACAUUUAUUGUCACACCUGUUACUGGCAGUGUGAAUUUCUGGAAUGAAAACUUGAGUCUGAUGAGCAGCCAUGAGUCAGAAUCAGACAAGUACCACACUUUCAGUGAGAACACGGAAGAUGGGAGUAGCUAUGCAGUGAUGUCUCCAGACUCUGUUGGGAGCCGAUUGAGUUCAGUUGACACUUCCCGUAGAGGGUCCCCUGAGAAUGACUUCUGCUCCCUGAGCUCUGGGGAAAUGGUAAUUAGGACUAACAGUUUUUGCUUCGAGGAUCAUUCCCUGUUGGUCUCUUCCCUGGAUGAGUCAUCCAUGUCUCUGGCUGCCGGCCAUUCAACAUUUCCCACUGAAUCUAACCUGCUGUCAACCAGUCUGCAGGAUGUCUUUGAAAAAUCUACAGAAAAAGUCAUCGAGGAGAACAUGGGCCAUAUGUGUUUUAGCCUGACUUUCACUGAGGAUAUGCUACCUAGUGAAGAAAAUGAUAUGGCUACAUCCAGCCCUUUUGUAGCUCUGCCAGCUGAGAAUGAGGGAGCUCUUUUGAAGACCUUUGUCUGUGAAAAAUCUCCUGCAAAUUGCGGAAAGGAAGCUCAGAUUGCCGGUUCCCAAAAAGAGCCAUUGCUCUGUUUCACUGCAGCAUUCACACCAGAACAAGGCGAUACCUUUAUGCACUCUCCGUCAGUUAUGCAAGACACUGAUCAUGUUAUUCAUACUUCCACUCCAGUACAAAGCAUUGGGAACAUGAUACCCAGCCCCCCCUCCUUUUCAGUGUCUCCCUGUACUGAGAACAUAGGAAACCCAGGACACAACCCUGUUAAACGGCAGCAAAACUCUGCAGCUCCUAAUCAUUUGGUUGCAGUCACAAAGGUCAAGAAAAUGGAAAUCAAGAAGUUUCCCAAGUCAGACUUCAGCAGUGUCAAAUCAAAAAUUGUUACAAGAAAUGUGCAUCAGUUAUCAGCGUCAGGCUCUUCUUCACAGCUAAAACCAUCACAAGUUAGCGUGAACAAUAAACACACUGAAGCACAAAGAGGAACUACUGACAGCAUUAGUCCAACCAAUUUAAGGAGCAGCACUGCGAUUGCCUCUACCACCACUAAAGUGGUCAAUGAUGCUCCGAGACGAAUGAGUACAGGGGCUGCUAAUUCGGUUGCUCCACAGUCGUCUGGCCCUACUGCUACGGGUGGACAGGGACAGAGUGGAGCAUGCCCACCUGGCCCGAACCCAGCUGCAAAUAAACCUGCCUCAGAAGUAUGCAGUAACGCCAGCUUCGCAACAGAACAGGCAGCCUCAUGCCAAGCAGCAGAAACUGCAACAGCAGAGCAUUCUGGCAACCAGACCUUCUGCUUCUCAUCCUCAGGAAAAUCCCCUGAUAGAAGUGGCCAAACUGAUCCCAAAUCAAUUCCAAAGAAGGGAGUGUUAGACCAAAUGAAGGUCGCAUCAGGCUCAGCUGUAGGUCAGCCUUCUGUGCCCAAGACGCGUCCUCGCUGCUCAUCGGAGAGUUCAUCACCGUCAUCCAGGCCACCGAGGGAAAAGAGUGCAACUGCAAGGUUUUCAUCUAGCUUUACCACUCCCAAAGCUAAAACCCACCUGGGCCAGACCCGAACAGGGAACUUGAGCAGCAAUGCCCUCAAUAAACAGGCCAUUCCGACUGAGGCGGGAAACCGACCAGCUAAGAACUCCUCAAGAGAGGUGAAGAGGAUCAGCCUGGUGCUAGAGUCCAAUGAAGUGACAACAACGGGAGCCUCAUCUGAUGAGAGUAAGAGCACAUUUCGUGCACGACCAGCUCCUCGACAAACAAGAGUAGCACAACUUUUACAACCUCCACCUGCCAGUCCCAGACCAUCCCCUCUGUUCAGCAGGCUGAGGCAGCCAACCCGGGGGAGGGAUGAUUUCAAGGCCUCCAAAGCCGGGACACCACAGUCCAAGCUGAAGAGCAGCACAGGCAGUCAGAGAGUGCAGACAGAAGAGUCAACCCAUGGAAAUGUGUCAACAUCAAGCAUCAAGCCUCAACUGAAUGGAUUUCGACUUCCUCAAACUUCCUCUCGACCCUCUCUCAUGGGCCCUCCCCCAGUGCCUUCUUCUAGACUACCACGCAAGACCCUGGGGCCGUCCUGGAGCCUCACUGAGCCGAGUGAAGGGAGUACACACGUUUCUGGAGGAGCUGCACCUAAACCAUCCCCUUUGAAAACUGUGCUGAAGGCUAGACUCUUCACAACUCCUGGGAAGAACACUGGACCACCUCUGACCGCAGCAUGCAAACCUGCCUCUGCUUUCUCCAUCAGAGGCGCUUCAAAUUCUACAGUCAGUCCUCUAAAAAGGACAGCUUCUGAAAGACUUGUUCGUCCAAACGGACCCGUGGACAAGAACAAACCGAAGGCCGCCUCCCGCCAGCACCACCCUCAGCAGCCGACGUCUCAGCAGAGCCAGCGCAGCGGACCCCUGGAUGUAGUGCCAGCGAGUGUGGCUGAGGGGGGGAGGAAGGACCAGAACGUCCAGCAGCUCAGAGGACUCCUGGCAGCGAGUAACCGAAGAUUUGAGGCCGUCGCAAUAGUCUUGCAGCAAGCUUUAGCUGAGCGUGAUGAAGCCACACGGCAGUGCAGGGAUCCCUCCCAGGAGCUGGUCACCCUUCAAGGAGAGCUGGUCUGCUCCGUGCACUCGUCUGAGCGUCUGGAGAAGGAGCGGGAUGAGUUGCGAGCGUCCCUGGAGGAGGCGCUGCAGAAGCUGCAGGAUCAGCACCAGCAGAACCUGUCGGAGCUGGAGCAGAGGCUGCACGCCUUCUACAAGGCCGAGUGGGACCGGGUGCAGCUCAGCCACCAGGAGGAGAGCGAGAGGAGCCGGACCCUGCUGCAGCAGCAGGUCGGUCCUCUGAACCACAACCUGCACUGGCUGUACUCAUUUUUCUGGUAUUCCCUGAACAUCUCUUGUUCUCUGUCCCUGCAGAAGGACUCCCACACCCUUUAUCUAGAGCAGGAGCUGGAGAGCCUCAAAGUGGUGCUGGAUAUAAAAAACAAGCAGCUGCACCAGCAGGAGAAAAAGCUAAUGGAGAUCGGCAAACUGACGGAGAAGAGUGUGAAGCUGGAUGAGAGCCUGCAGAAGGUCCAGCAGGAGAAUGAGGACCUAAAGGCUCGAAUGGAGAGACACUACGCUCUGUCCAGACAGCUGUCCACGGAGCAGGCGGUGCUGCAGGAGUCCCUCACCAAGGAGUCCAAGGUGAACAAGCGUCUGUCCAUGGAGAACGAGGAGCUGAUGUGGAAGCUGCACAACGGAGACCUGAGCAGCCCCCGCAAGGUGUCCCCCACCUCCACCUCCCCCUCGCGCUCCUUCAGCCUCCAGUCCCCCCGCAGCUCCGGAGUCUUCUCAAGCCCCCCCGUCUCCCCCAGAUAACGAUUGGCCUCAGCUUCCGGGAAGCUCGGCCUCUCUGAGUUAUCCCUCUGGAAUAAA